AAUGAAUUAUUACGACAUGUAUACGCCUGUCUCCCCACCGACUACCCUUCAUACAGUAUUCGCUCUGGUCGCCAUGAACAGCCUGCUUUCCGUCACCUAGACGUUGAAAUCGCCUACUACCUUAGGGCGAUUGCGAGGAGGAAGUCUACCUCGAACCACCCGCCGGAUUGCGGUGUUUGGCUGGCAAGAACUUGCGUUUGCGCAAAAGCAUUUACAGAGCACAGCAAGUUGGCCAGACCUGGCACAUGAAGUUCGACACGACCCGUUGUCAUGUCAGCAUCACCAGUGGCGAAGGCAACCAAAGCCUAUACAGACGCACAAUUGAUGGCAACUUCACGGUCUUGGUGGCCUAUCUUGACGACCCUGUCAUCGCAGCUGAGCAUCGGGAGACGGCCCUUCGACAUUGACACAUACUGCUUAAGUUCUCAGACUGCUUCAGCAAUACCUCGGCCUACGGAUCAGAGUCAACAUGUACACACCGCCAGAGUUUCCGUCAACCAGGCGGCCUAAGCAAAAUCGAUACUUCGAAGGUUCGAUAUGGCAGAGUGUAAGGCUGUCGCAACUCCUGCCUUCAACGCGCAGAAUUAUGUGGAUGCUAGCGAGACGAUUGACACCAAGCAUUCUACCCUGCAACUAGCGGAUCUUUGCUCUACCUUGCGCUCGGGGAUACAGCUUGACCUGGAUUACUCGGUCGCCAGGGCCGGGUUGGACAGCGCAGAGCCAACAGCAGCAGCUUGGCAGUGUGCUAAGAGGAUCAUGCGGUACAUCCGAGGGACCUGCAUCCUUGGGAUCGAGUGCAGGUGGGGAAGUGGCACGAACCUAGUCGGCGUCUGUGAUUCAGGCUGGGAACUCGGAAAAGAUAGGAAGUCUAUAACGGGCUGCAUUUUUUUUCAUCCCAUAA